CAGUAAUAGGACGCAUACCCCGCUACCUAACUGACAACCCUUCCUCCUUUAAGCUAUCAACUAUCAACCCCACCGGCAAGGAACCGAAGCUCUCUACCCCGGAGAAGGUGAAAGAAACAAUAGUUCUAGGGAUAGUUAACUAACUGACUACAUGUAAUGUUUCGUUACUAAUAACGGAUACAUAAACCUGUCUCCGGUUGGCUAUACAUAUGUCAGCAUGUUGAGGUACAAGGUAGUUAGUAAUCGUCAUUAUGGGAACCUGUUACACGUAAGAGUGAUAACAGAGGUGGCAUGAAUCCGCCAAUCUGGUACCAUUGAUUGCCUACUAUGCCUGCCUGCAUGCAUGGUAGAACUGGGGAGCUCUUCGAGUCGAUUAUCCUAGCUGGGCAGACUUGGUAUGUCAUAGGAGUCUUUGUGCAUGCUUCGGGUUUUACUUGACCUCCGCCUCGGUUACUAUAGCCAUCCGUCAGUUAUAUGUAUAUAUAAAGGGGUCGAGUCCUCGUUCAAGUUUCUUUUGUGAUAUUCUCCAACACAAUCACUCAUAUUCGGAAGAAGCCAUUCCUACCACACAAGAAACCAACCUCACAAGCACAAUGGGUCUCUCAGGUCACUGCCUUUGCGGCGCCGUCACGUACACCGUCGAUUCCGAUCCUCUGGUCGUUGGUUACGAUCACUGCGACGACUGCCAACGUCAGACGGGCUCUACUUACUCCCUCGUAGUCGUCGUCCCUAAGGACAAGCUAACUAUCACCGGCACGACUAAGAGCUACUCCAAGGCAGGCUCCUCCGGCAAGCCUGUCCAUCGCGUCUUCUGUCCCGAGUGCGGAUCCCCGAUCGCACACGACCCCGAGGCGGCGCCCCCAAUCAUCGCCCUAAAGGGCGGUACCCUCAGUGAAGCCGACCGGAAAGCUUUGAAGCCUGACACCGAGAUCUGGACUGUCGGCAAGCUACCUUUCUGCCAGGAACACCUCGCGAAGCCGUUCGAGCAUAUGCCCCAGUAGAGGGCUUUCGGAUCGAUUGGAUCGAAGCCAGGAUAAAAGUUUGAGCGGAGUGUUGUUCGUGGAGUAUAGGGAUACCUGGGGUUUAGAAUAUUGUCAAUUGAAAGAUAUUCAUAACUUGAAGCGCUAUUAUGUGUUCUCGGCGAAGCUUUCCCUUCAUGCUAGUUCCUUAUACAAGUACUUGUCACCUAAAGUUAGGCGAGGGAAUGAUGAUGUGAAGAUGUCUUUCGCUUCGAUCCUAAGAAUAAGGUCCGGGAAUAUCACAUCCGGCGCAAUGAGGUGAAGUUGAAU